CACUGGCAAGAAAAACUUUUUAUUUCCUGGUUCAACUUUUUUUUUUUUUCUUUGGCCUGGAAUAUAGACUGAAGAAUGGGAAUAAACACGAAUAAAUAGCAGAGCGAGGCCGCGCGCGCCGGGAUGCGUCUGGCUGCAGCCGCGAGGCCAUUGUCUCUGCGCCCUGAAGCCCGCCUGGCGUGGUCCCCGGGCUCCUUCCCUUUCCCUGCCCUUUUUGAUUUUCCUUUUUUAAAAAGACGCCCCCUCCAGCCCCCGCGCCCGUGACCUUGGCCGCCUCGGAUGCUCUGAUUCCACGCGGCUCGCUCCAACUUGCCCCCGCGCGGGCCAGGCCCCAUGGCCGCGUCCGAGGACGGGAGCGGCUGCCUCGUGUCGCGGGGCCGCUCGCAGAGUGACCCCAGCGUCCUCACCGACUCCUCGGCCGCCUCCUCCGCCGACGCCGGGGAGAACCCAGAUGAGAUGGACCAAGCACCCCCAGCGCGCUCCGAAUAUCUGGUCUCAGGGAUCCGCACUCCCCCGGUGAGGAGGAGCAGCAAGCUGGCCACCCUGGGCAGGAUCUUCAAACCCUGGAAAUGGAGGAAGAAGAAAAACGAAAAACUGAAACAGACGACGUCCGCGCUGGAGAAGAAGAUGACCGGCAGGCAAGGUCGGGAGGAGCUCAUCAAGAAGGGUCUGCUGGAGAUGAUGGAGCGGGAUGCUGAAAGCAAAGCCUGCGCCCCUGACGGAGGGCCCCGAGCCACGCAGAGUGAGCCAUCCACCCCCAAGCAGGAGACGCUGACUUCAGAAGAAGCCCCACCAGGAAGCCCUUUGGCCACUGGGACAGACCAGUCUUCCCUGGAUGAGCCGCUGUCCUUGGACUCCCGUUCUGACGAUGCAGCCAAGAUGCCGUCAGCGUCCAGAGGUGAAGAAGCAGACGCCGCCGCCGGCAGCCUCCCGCCUACCACGGACGAACCCUCUCAAGCCUUAGCUGGGUCCGACUCCCCGGACAGUCCUCCCAGACCCCUGGAGAGGUCCGUGGGCCAGCUCCCCAGCCCCCCGCUCCUGCCCACCCCGCCGCCCAAGGCAGGCUCCAAAACCACGAAAAAUGUCACAGGCCAGCCUGUGCUCUUCCAAGGCCCUGGUGGGAAGAGCACGGACCCUCCCCUCCGAGGACAGCUCUCCACGCCCACGGGGUCUCCACAUCUCACCACUGUCCACCGGCCGCUGCCCCCCAGCCGUGUCAUUGAGGAGCUGCACAGGGCGCUGGCCACCAAGCAUCGCCAGGACAGUUUUCAAGGAAGGGACAAUAAAGCGUCCCCGAAGAAGCGCGUGGACGUGCGCCUGUCCAGGACGUGCAGCGUGGAGCGGGGCAAGGACAGGGAGGAGGCUUGGAGCUUCGACGGGGUCUCGGACAGCAAGCGGACCGCGGCCAAAGGGUCUGAGGAGGACAAGGAGAACCUGAUCGUGAACUCGGAGCUCAAGGAUGACCUGCUGGUGUAUCAGGACGAGGAGGCGCUGAACGACUCCAUCAUCUCUGGAACGCUGCCAAGGAAAUGCAAGAAGGAGCUGCUGGCAGUGAAGCUGAGGAAUCGGCCCAGCAAGCAGGAAUUGGAAGACAGGAAUAUUUUCCCCAGGAGGACUGAUGAAGAGAGACAGGAAAUCCGGCAGCAGAUUGAGAUGAAACUCUCCAAACGGCUGAGCCAGAGACCGGCCGUGGAGGAGCUGGAGAGGAGAAACAUCCUGAAACAAAGGAAUGACCAGACAGAGCAGGAAGAAAGAAGAGAAAUCAAGCAAAGGUUGACAAGAAAGCUUAACCAGAGACCCACGGUUGAUGAGCUGCGAGACAGGAAGAUUCUGAUCCGAUUCAGCGAUUACGUGGAAGUGGCCAAAGCUCAGGAUUAUGACAGACGGGCGGACAAACCCUGGACGCGACUGUCCGCGGCAGACAAGGCAGCGAUUCGUAAGGAACUAAACGAAUACAAAAGUAACGAAAUGGAGGUACACGCAUCAAGCAAGCAUUUGACAAGAUUCCACAGGCCAUAGAGAUUUUCUUCUGAGAAGAAUUUGUGUUUAAUUUUUGAUACCAACACUGAACACUCAUCAGGGAACUUUCUGAUGUUCAGCUGAAGACUCCCUGCCGUGUGAGCGAGAGGAGCGGGACCCCUCGGGCAGGUGACGUCUGGGCUGUCUCACCUGUACGAGGACAAACCAGAGGACGCCCCGCACUCCCUGGUGUCUGAGGAGUGGGAACUGUGGGGACCCCGCGGGGACCCAGAGUCGCUCUCCCAGAAAACUGUCAUUUGCCUUUGAAGCUAGUCUUACAGUGGCGCAGCGACACGGAGGACGGGCGACACGCAUGCGCAGGCACACCUCCGGGCCUCUGACGUGCGACACGUGGCGCAGUGGCAUUCAGUAUUAUGUUGAAAAGACAUUUUUAUUCUGAUCACCGUUCAUUUGAGAACUCUUUAAGUUCAUGUUAUACAAGAUUAUUUACUGUAUUAUACUUUCCUUUUUUUUAUAUAAUGUCUAACAAAAAAAAUACAGCUGCAACAUUUUGAUUCCUGUUAAUUUUGUUCUUUAAUUAAAUGACUACU